AUGAGCGGCAGCGACGUUGACGCAGAUCGCACCAAGAACGACGCCCUCCCACCAAGUUCCAACGGUUCCGGUGUUGUCAAGAAGCGCAAGAAGGACCGCAAGCCCGUAAUCACCAUGGAAGACUCCGACUCGUCGUAUUUCCCGCGGGCAUCUGAUGGGCACGGAGGCUGUGGUGAGGAUGUUCUCUAUACGGAUGCUAUUCGCAUCAGCGGGGCCGCGAACAACGUUCGAGUGACGAGCUGGGAGGCCGCUGAAGCUGACGAGGGCCGACGCCUGCGCCGGACCGGUGUUUGUUUUGUUUGA